AUGUUUAUUUUAUUUUUAUUAUUAAUUAUAUUAAUAAAUGCUAGAAUUUAUUCUUUAAAAUGUAUGGAUUGUCGAACAUUAGCUAAUGGACAACUUUUAUGUAAUGAUCCAUGUAAAGGGGAUAUUUGUGCUAUCUGGUUUUAUAGAGUAAUGUCUACUGACCAAAUAAGACAAGGAUGUUUAGUUGGACCUGAUUUACGUGGAGAAAGCUCUCCACCUAUGGGUUGUAGAAAAAAUAGAGUUGAUGCUUUUCUUUGUCUUUGCAAUUCAACUGAUUUUUGCAAUGUAAACAACAAUAAAAUUAUUACGGAAUAUUCAGCAAACAAUUCAUUUCAAUUAUCUUCCCCAAACAAUAUUCAAUGUCAAUCACGUACCUCAGCUUCAUUUAUUCGCCAACAAAUUGUUAAACCUCUUCGGAAUUCAUGCAUUUCUGAUUUAUGUUUUUUUAUAGAAUUAAAUAUUACUCGUAAAUCUUUAUUAGAAAGCACAAUUUCACGUAAUUGUGGUUCUGAAGCUCAAUUCAAUUUUCAUUUAUUAUUAGGCAAAGUUUGGCCAGGAACAGGAUUAAGGUCUAAUGCUUGUUAUCGAAUAGAUAUUGGGGAACAAAUAAUUACUGGAUGUACUUGCAACAAAGAAAAUAAUUGUAAUAAUCAAAUACCCUAUCCUAUCAAUAAUGAUAGCCAUCUUUUGGUUAAAUGUUCAACUAGUACAAGUUCUGAUUGUUUUGGACAUUUUUGUUUUAUUCAACGAGAAAUUUGGCAGGGUUAUGGCCAACAUUGGAGAAGGGGCUGUUUAAGUAUGAAUGAAUCAGAAACUUAUUCAAGAUUUAAAGUUGGAUAUAGAAAUAUUUUGGGAAGUGAACAGUGGAUUUGCAAUACAAAUUUAUGCAAUAAAGGUAAAAUAAUCAGCAUUUUUUCAGUCUAAUGUUUUCGAGCGGGUUUUCGGAUUUUAAUUUUCGGGGUUUUGGAGCCUAAUUUUUGAAAUCCGCUUGGUCUAACGGGUUAGCAACAGAAAUUAUCAAAAUCAAUUAUUAAUACAAUUACCAGAUUUACAAUUAAAAAUAAAUAAAAAUGAAAGAAAUAAUGAAUUAAUUCAAUCACAA